AUGUUGGAUCGCACCGAGGACACCACCACCACCCACUCAAAGGUGUGGGUCGGUGCCUGGUGGAUAGGAUUCGUUUUUAUGGCCGCCUUCUGUCUGCUAGCCAUCCCCAUCCUCAUCCUCGCGUAUCCGUCCGCGCUGCCAGGUUCCGAGAAGCUGGAGAAAGUGUCCGAGGCGCACAAGGGCGACACUGAAGGCGAACGGCAGGAAGCGUUCACCAAGAUCAAACAGAUUCCUCGGGCACUGCGCGGCGCUUCCGAGGGACUGGUCAUUUCCGGGUUUGCCGUGUUCCUGCCAAAGCUGAUCGAGAACCAGUUCAGUGUGACGGCUGUCUGGUCAGCGCUGUUGAUGGGUAUCAUAACAGUUCCUGCGGGUGGCGGAGGGACGUUUCUGGGUGGUUAUCUGGUGAAGAAGUUGCACCUGUCCUGUUCGGGGAUCAUCAAGUUCUGUUUGUUUGCCACAAUAUUUGCGGCCCUUUUCACGCCGGAGUGACUCUCUGCACGAUAAUUUAGAAAAUCCUCACGCACAAAGCACGAGUACUAUGUGCCGAAGAGGCCAGAAAGUCUGGACAGCGCGUGCAACGAUCGGUGUGCUUGCAGUCUCCGAAACUACGAACCCAUUUGUGGCGCGGAUGGUGUAAUGUACUUUUCACCCUGCCAUGCCGGUUGCAGUGAGGAGAUUAAUCUGGAAAACGCAAAAGUGUAUCGGGACUGCACCUGCAUCAAUGCGACCUUCUACAGUAGCUACGAUGCGGUCAACACCAUGUGCCAGUCGCAGUGCAACCAUCUGUGGAUCUUUGUCGUGCUCUGUUUCCUGGUGAUGUUUUUCACCUUCCUCGCAACGAUGCCAGCCCUAUCCGCCACGCUUCGGUGUGUCCACGACGAUCAGCGGUCGUUUGCCCUUGGCAUACAGUGGAUCAAGGUCCGGGUGCUGGGCACCAUUCCUGCCCCGAUGAUCUUCGGGCGCCUGAUUGACGAAACUUGCAUCUUGUGGCAGGAGUCGAGCUGCGAAGAUCAGGGCGCUUGUUUGGUGUAUGAUAAUGCCUUCAUGAGCAAGUGA